AUGGCUGCAGUCCUAGCUAGAGGCCGUCGACGCCUCAGCUCAUGGCCCUUUGCCAUCACGCUCCUGAUCAUCUCCAUUCUCUCUGUAUAUUCGUUUUUUGUGCAAACACAUCGCCGCACAGUGCCAGGAGCUCUAAUCUCCGAUCUCGCCCCUCACCUCGUGUCUCGGAGCGAGCACGCCGAACCGCAAUGCCGAGACGUUCGCUUCGUCAAGGACCAGUGUGCCUUUGUCAAAAAAUACUGCCGAGAUGACGACGCCAGCCUCAUAUCCUACUUGGAUCUUUACUACUGCAAGUUGAACCAUGCCCAGCCGGUUGCCUUUGUCUUGAUUGUCUUCUGGCUUGGAAUGCUCUUCACCACCAUCGGUAUUGCUGCGAGCGACUUCUUCAGCAUCAACCUCAGUACCAUCGCCACCAUUUUACGACUGAGCGAAAGCUUUGCCGGUGUGACAUUCCUGGCCCUCGGAAAUGGCUCCCCCGACGUAUUCAGCACAUUGGCUGCCAUGGCAUCUAACAGCGCUAGCAUGGCUGUCGGCGAGCUGCUCGGCGCUGCCUGCUUCAUCAGUGGUGUCGUCGCAGGAUCCAUGGCUCUCGUCCGCGAAUUCAAGGUCGACAGAAGGUCGUACGUGCGCGAUAUCUGUUUUCUCAUUGUGGCUGUCAUUUUCACCAUGAUCUUCCUAUCCGACGGAAGUCUGCAUUUCUGGGAGUGUUGGGCCAUGAUUGCUUUUUACUUGCUAUAUGUGGCUACCGUUGUUGGCUGGCACUGGUAUUUCUCUCGCAGAAAACUUCAGCUUCGUCGAGAAGGUGAAGCUCGCAGCCACUUCUACGGCUCCGCGAGCCAAGCUAGCGACGAAUUGGCUGGCGAGCCAUACCGCGACGAUCCUGACGACCCUGACCGCACCCAUGGCGCCCAAGAGCAACACAGACCUGACAUCUCUACAUUAGAAGCGGGCCCUCGCAUUGAACUCGAGGGAGAUGAUUGGGAAGAGGCCGUCGACGAGCAGGCUCAAGACCAUGAGAGAAUGGUGGCUGCAGAAGUAUCUCGAAGCAUGCGUGUGUUGCGAACGAAUCGACCCCGGAGGAAUACCAAGACACCCAUUAGACCCAGUCUUGUCGGCGCUUUAGAAUUUCGAUCUGCCCUGGCUCAAUUGCAGCGUGAAAGUAACUGGCAACUUGCCAACAUGCCUCGCCGCAGCCAUUCCGACAACCAUAUUCCUCAUCCACGACACCGCGGUGCCUCAUUUGCCGAUCUAUCCGCCGUUGCUCACUCGCAACCGAAUCCUCAUUUCGAUCCUAGUCCAUAUGGACGCGAGCGAGCCUUUUCAACGUCUACAGCACCGGGAGUAAUCACCGAAGUAGAAGAUGCGUCAAGCGACGGCGAGCCGGCGACAGAGCGAUCAGGAGGCGCUACCAAAGCUCCAUUGCAUUCAUCAUCCUACACUGUCGGUGGAAAUUUGGCCCCUCCUCCAAAAAACCCUCCAUCGACAUCAAAAAGCGCAACAAUCAAUGGCCAACCUGACAAGCACCUACCCGUACUUGUGGUGCGGCCACCCACACGCCAGGGCGGCCACAUCGAUGGCUCGGCACCAACCUCGCCAUUUCCCGACUUAACCGAUUCACCCAUGCUUUUGACACCAUCUCCGAAUGCUGAGCCUAGCGAAUUCAUGCUUCCGUCUCCAGUUGUCGGGCGACGGGCUGAGUUGCCUGGCUCUUUGCGCGGCUGCGACUGCAUUGCAGAACAGAAACCUGUCUUUUGGUGGCCAUAUUCCCUACUACCGCCCCCACACAUUAUCCUAGCUACACUAUUCCCAACACUACAGGGUUGGAGCAGCAAGACGUGGUGGGACAGGUUUAUCAGCACCAUUUCUGCCCCCAGCAUCUUUCUCCUGGUCCUGACGCUGCCUGUGGUUGAGCCGGAGGAAGACGAAGACGAUCAUACCGAUGUGACCAUAGCAUCACACUCCGACCAUGAGGUCCUUGUGGGUGAUGUUGCUCAGUUGGCUCGGCUAAACGGCCAACGAGAAGGUACCACUGAGUGGGAAAGAUAUCGCGACCAUGAGAGCCGAAGCAGCAUCCACUCUUCUUCAUGUCGCCAGUCACCGUUGUUGGCGGGUCUGACAAACGAGAAUACCCUGGUCAAUCCGGCGUGCGCGACCGAAGUAGCGCCUAUAGCCGUCGCGAACAAAGCACUAUCCGACUUUCCUUCUGCCGGCGAUAGUGCCGCCGACCCUGGGACUUGGAACAGGUGGCUGGUUUGCGUGCAACUGUUUACCGGGCCGCUCUUCGGAGUUUUUAUUCUGUGGGUUAACCAACUGGAUGAUUGGGAAAAUCCCAAGAGAACUCUAGUUAAGAUGGUGUUGUGUUCUUUGCUGCUGUCGCUAGUCUUGCUAGCAAUACUCGUCAUCGUAACGGUCGAGCAUAUCCGCCCCAAGCAUCACUACAUUUUGUGCUUUUUAGGGUUCAUGAUUAGCAUCGCGUGGAUCUCGACAAUUGCCGGCGAGGUAGUUGGUGUCCUACAAACUCUGGGCGUCGUGCUGGACAUCUCGGAAGCGCUCCUCGGGCUGACCAUCUUCGCCGCGGGCAACAGCAUUGGCGACUUGGUGGCUGACAUCACUGUGGCGAGACUUGGCCACCCUGUCAUGGCAUUAUCUGCAUGCUUUGGUGGCCCGCUGCUGAACAUUCUACUGGGCAUUGGUAUUGGCGGUGUCCUGAUGAUGAUCAAAGGUGCGAACCACGAGAGAAGCAAACAUCCUGAUCAGCCCGUGCAGUACGGCCCGUAUCCUGUCGAGAUUGGUGGGACGCUGCUCGUCUCAUCCGUCACACUGUUGGUUAUCCUGGGGGGUUUGUUGAUUGCCGUCCCGAUGAACAAAUGGGUGCUGAGUCGGAAAAUUGGAUGGGCAUUGAUUGCAGUGUGGUCAAUCAGCACAGCCGUGAAUGUAGCCAUGGAGGUUAGCGGCGUUUGGGGGGGUUCCAAGAGUUGA